AUGAGCGCGCUACUUGAAACCUCUCUGGGCGACAUCGUGAUCGACCUGCUGGUCGACGAGUCGCCCAAAGCCUGUGAAAACUUCCUGAAGCUGUGCAAAAUCAAGUACUACAAUUUCGCGCCCGUGCACAGUGUCCAGAAGGACUUCAGCUUCCAAACUGGCGACCCGCUAGGCCCCGACGCGCCCGGUAGCGAUGGCGGAUCCUCGAUCUGGGGGUCCUCGGUGGCCCCGCGAAGCGCACCUUUCCGAUCGAUCUACCGCCCAAAAUGA